AUGAGCAAUAGAUAUAAUAAUCGGUCAAGAAAUAAUCGUGGUGGUAGAGGGAAUGGCCGUGGUAGGGGAAAUCCGCAAAGGCCAAAUCAGUCGCUUCCUCCCCCACGCCCAGAGGAAAUAGAAAGUGAACAACGUCGGGCGAUAUCUGAGAGUUUUAGCUCAUCAGAGCUAUCGUAUGGCGGAAGCGAUGCGAUUGUCUCCGUUCCUCAUGGAGGAGAAUACGUAAAUGCAUGGAAGAGAUGGAUCAAGAAGGAAUUUGUGAAUCAACACCAAAUGAGACGAUUCAUAACUUCAUGUAUCGUUGAUGCAAAGAAAGUGGGUUAUGAAUUAGAUACACUUGUGGAAGAAUUGGGUUCUUCGGACGGAAUGAAAAAAAUCAGAGAAAUCGUGAUGUCACCGGUGUCGGUAGACGCAGGGUCACAGUAUCAAGUCGCAUCUUUUCAACGCGUAAUCUUACCUUUCUUGGCACUUUUGACUCGUCAAGGGAUUAUUGAAU